AUGCUGGUCUCCAUCUCACUGGGCCUGCUCUUGGCGGGCAAGGUUCUAAGCCAGCAGGAGCACGCACUCGACGGGCACAGCUACGAAGGUUGUUUUGCGGUCGGCAUCCCCUACGACUCGGGCGUCGAGUUGGGACCCGAGAACUGCACGCCCGAGGCGUGUCAGGAGGCGUGCACCGGCUCCGCCAGCUCCGGGCCCACCGGUUACGUACCCGCAUCCGGCACCUCCUCCGCCUUCUCCGACACCCCCGAGUUCAUCGCCGUGCUCAGAAACUCCUACCACCCAGGCUCCACCUCCUCCGCAUCCACCACCUUACGCAACCAAGACCGUGGAAAUCAAGGAAACGGAGACCCCCGGAACAACCCCCGUACCAGGGUCCUCCCCCAUACUAACGGACCCGUGUACGGCGGAGAAGAGGUCCCGCAAACCCCAUAUGAGGAAAGCACAGCCGACUCUAAUGGAGGCUAUGGGAAUGGAGGACCGCAGGAUGUACCUCCCGCAACGGUAAACCCGGGCUACACCAAGACGGACAUACUUACCAGCACGGCGGACGCUCAGGGAGGUCACAGCUCCCCUCCGGUUACGUCAACCAAGACCAAGACAACCACGUCGACCAGUCACCGUGUCUCAUCCACCGCGACAGCGGAUGCGACGACAGGGGACGCGCCACAGCUUCGACCCGGCAUUUUUGCGGCCAUGGUUGCGGCUUUAGGUAUUGCCAUCCUCCAUUAA